CCCAUUCAAGCUUUGUAUCAAAAGUCUGUUGAGUACGUUUCUUUUCCCGGCCUAUUCAGUCAUGGAAUCGUGGCGAGUACAGCUUCACACAGCAGGAAGCGACGUCGGCCUUGACCUUAACUGAAACACGGCUGCAGGCGUGAUUCAGGCGUGAUGCAGAGAGACAUUCUCUCAAAGAAAAGAUCAAAUAGCUUUUCGGAGAAGACCUUUGAAGAAGUUAGGAACAUUCUCAAAGAGUCUUCAUCAAUCCAGAUUUGAAGGGAAGGGAGGUUUCUGGCUCCGGCAGUGAGCAGAAUACUGACUGCCCGUAUGACGUGCCACGCCUGAUCUUCUCGUGUAUGGUUAGUGCUUAGUUUCCAGCCAGAACCCAUAGCGACUAGACGUUUGUAACAGCCGCUUACGUUGUCUUUCUUCCAACAGCAGGAGAUCCCAACUUGCCUGCCAAAGCUUACUUUUGAAGGGCUGCUCGAAGAGUGUCGCCGUUAUGAGAAAGAAGUUCUCCGGACCUAGCCGCCGCCGACAGACAGGAAGAGGGAAAACAACGAAUCGUUGUUGGUUGUUAAACGUCGAUCCAAGCUACCUCAGUUUUUCUUAUCAGAAACGGAUACCUUAAAACCCGCGAUCCUAAAACGGACCUCGCACUUUUAGUCACGACCUCAGUUCAAAUAGAUCCUUAACACAACCCUCAAGCAGUCAGUACUUCAAAGCGCUUGUAGUGGAGCCACGUGUUCGCGCCUAAAAGCUAUGGCUUCAGAGUCGUCAAGCCGGGGGAUCCCCCAGCUUGAAGAAGCCGGUGUCAACGGUUGGCAUCUGGCCCCCGACAAAGAAGGCUCGUGCUCCUUCUGCGCACGCCACGCGAGGGGAGCCCGCAACUUCGCGGACCUGGGGGGCGGCUUAUUGCUGGGCGCGUAUGACGCGGCGUCAUGCCCUUAUGUCCUGCAAAGUCUGGGCGUGACGCACGUGGUCCAGGUGAUGAAGAAAAGCUGGCCGAUCCGGCCGCCAAAGUUUGUGAACUUUGAGUACUUUGUCAUAGACGUUGACGAUCGAGACGAGGAAGCGGAGAAGCUCGCUGCGGCUUGGGACGACGCUUUCGAGUUUAUUUCUGCGGCUUUAAAGAGUGGACGAGGCAAGGUUUACGUCCACUGCUUUGCGGGCGUUUCCAGGAGUCCCACCGUGUGCAUAGCGUAUCUUAUGAAGGAGAAGGGGAUGAGGCUCGAGGAUGCAGAUCGGACGAUGCCUGAUAAGCUCGAGAAAGAGCUGUAA